CUAAUAAAAAGUGAGAUAAUAAAAAAAAGGUUAUUUUCGUGACCUUUGACAUCGAAUAACCUUUUUACGCGUACAUGAUAUUAAGAUCGAUUAUCUUUUUAGACAUUGUUUAUAACGAUGUUAUAAAGGUUUUUAUCAAAAUUCAGCUAGGUGGGAAUUUGUCCGAGCUGAACCCUAUUUUUCUUCUAAUUUGAUUGGUCUAUUCUUAGUCCUAGUAAUGAUUUUAAUUUCUUUAAUACUGUUACUUAGUGAGUUUUAAAAAAAGUUUUAAACUGUUAUUAAAAAUUAAAUUGUAUUUCAAGCUAAAUUAUUUAAAUUUACUUCAAUUAUAUAAUAUUGUUGCUAAGUUGCUUAUAAUUACCCAGAGGCCAGAGUCAAUAAAUUCUAGAAUAAAUGAUAAUGGAUAUUAUGAUGCACACCAAGUUCAUGCUUUUCAUUGUCAUGAUAAAAUGACAAUGUUUAUUUUGUCAUGCUAAAAGUUAUGCUAUUUUGUCAUGGACUAUCGACUGCUGUCGUAUGAAUAAUAAUUGAUAAAAUUUAAUCAUGUGUAUUUAAUUUUUGAGCAGUUGAACCGCUCCGUGUGACAAAAAACAAAAAACCUUGUAAGGAAUUCCUAGUUAGAAUCUAAAAUAUUCUCAGAAAUUUAUUUUUCUUGAUAUGCCAACACUGAUUGUAAUAUAAUCAGCUGAUAAUAUGAUAACACAUUUUUCAUACUAGCUACUCGCCUCUUCUGGUAGUAUUGUUUUACGAAUAUUUUCGUCUCUUAACUGGAACUGAGUGUUUUCCAAUUUCUACUGAAGAUGGCUUCCAAACGUUUCGUCCAAUCUUCUAUUAAUUGGGUAGCAAUUGCUGAACGUAUACCGGAAUCUGAAAAAGCAACUUAUUUUGCAUUCAAAGCAAAGUCUGAUGGAUAUCUUCGCAAGUAAGUUAAGGUCAUUUAAAGGCCACACGCCCUUCUCGCUAAGACAAUUUGUAUUGCAUUUUUCUUCCACUUUGCCUUUAUCCUUCUACUUCUUCCCUAGCUUCUAUACUCGAUUCACUAUCACUCGAUUUCAUUUAUUUUAUUAUUUCAUACUAACAUUCCAAUAUUACCUCUUUAUUUUAAUAUGCAAUCUAGUUUGUGUUAUAAUUUAAAUUUAUUAACUAUUUGAUAUUUAUUAUUGUUCUACUAGAUUAUCGGCAUUACCAGCCGAAGUUCCAAAAAUUGAUUGGGCUGAAUACAAAAACAAAAUUGCUGUGCCUGGUUUAGUUGAUAAUUUCUCGAAAUUAUAUAGUGCAGUUAAAGUUCCAUAUCCAGAAGACAAAUACACUGCGGUUAUUGACAAAAACGAACAAGAGAUUGUAAUUAUUAACUUUUUUUGCUAAUCUUUUUUUUAUAACAUUAUAUUAGGUAUUUGUACAUUCUAAAAAAAAAUUGUUUAUAAUAAGUAUCUAUAUUAGCUUAUUUUUUUAAAAAAAAUGUGAAAAAUAUUUAAAGUGAGUAGUCACCUAGCAGCAACAUUUAACUUAUUUUAUUUGUAUAUUAAAAUUAUUACCUACUUAUGUAAUAUUUUAUGGUCGAACAUUUAUAAUUAUAGAUCAAAGGCAUUGUUGAAUUCAAGUCUGAGGCGGAAGUGAUUAUAAAAAAUUGUGAAACGAGGAUUAAAGAAAUUGAAGGUUUGUUGCCAUUUGAUCAAAUGACAUAUGAAGAUGCUGCUUAUGACGCUCCUGAUUUGACUUUGGAUUUGGAGAACAAACCAUCAUUUUGGCCUCACGAAAAUAUUGAUUACAUUUUCGAUGAACCAGAAGAAGAAAAAAAACAAAUUGAAGAACAGAAAAAAGUUGAUGCUUCUCAUUAAGUAAAAAUAUUUCAUAGUUCUGAGUUCUAAUUUUAUAUCAUGUUUUUUCAAUAAACAUUUAGAAAAAUAUUCAUAAAUUAUAAAUUGAUGAAUACAUGUUUAGAUUUAUUUUUCCUUUUAUUAAAAAUCUCUUACUAAUAAAUUCAUCUUAAGAUCAGAUAACACUAUGGUUUGUAUUAGCAAUUAGGUAUACUAAGUAAAUUAUUUUCAAUAAAUUACAAAAACAAAUUAUUGUUUUACUUAUUAUCUUAUCAUUUUUAUUAAAAAGUUGUAAAAAUAUGUUUUCAAUGUUGGGUAUUAAUUAAGUAUUUACUAUUCAGAAUAGAGUUGAGUUUUUGACCAGUUAAUCAGCAUCAAAAUCUAAUAAAUUAAAAAUUAAUACUCGUUAUAUAAUUCAGAGCUGCUAUUUGUGCAUUAUUAUUCAUAUUAAU